AUGAAGUUCAUCACCUUAGUCUUAGUAUUAACCCUCUUACAAACUUCCUUAGUUCGUGCCGGUGGCCUACCCAACCGCCUUCGAUCGCGCCAAAAUCAAUUAAAACCCCGCGACUGUAAACCCCCCAGUGAUCAAAACGAUCAAACCAACUUGUACCAAUGCCCCGAUGCAGGAGGCCCAGUAGAUUUAAAUGACUGUCAGGUGGCUGGUCAGGCAAUGUUCAACAAUAGGUGGAAUAGUACAGGUUAUAAAAGCUGUGGUGUCAUGUACUGGUCGAAAAAAGCUGAUGGAACUCCGAACCCAAUAGUUCCCUCACAAAAUUACAUAACCAUGGAAAUAGUGAAGAAUUCGCUUAACGAGUUCGCAUCUAUCUGUUGCGCUGAAGUUCCGGCCGUGCAUGAACACCCAGCCAUUGAAGAUCUAGAUAUAGAUCCCAUAGGUCGUACUUCUUACUGUUCGGGCCGGGUAAACUCCGAGUAUCUCGAGCCCGCGCGGCUCACCGAUGAUGACGUUGCCACUUUGGCAAAAGAAAAUGAGAGAGACUUCCACGGACCUUAA